AUGGGCAACCCGCAGGAUGCAUAUACCGCCUCCCACGCCGACCUGGUCAAAUACGCUACCUACGCCGGCCUCGCCUACCAGACCACCGAUGCCUGGCCUGCAAGCCGCACUGUGCCCAAAGACACCACGCUGAUCAGUUCUUUCGACCACACGCUGAAGGGCAGCUCCGGCUACAUUGCAUUUAAUGAGCCAUGCAAGGAGAUCAUCGUGGCCUACCGUGGCACCGACUCAUUGAUUGACUGGCUAACCAACCUGAAUUUCGAUAAAACCGCCUGGCCAGCCAACAUCUCCAAUAGUCUCGUCCACGAGGGAUUCCUGAACGCCUAUCUGGUGUCUAUGCAGCAAGUCCAGGAGGCUGUGGACUCCUUGCUGGCGAAAUGCCCCGAUGCCACCAUCUCAUUCACUGGCCAUUCCUUAGGCGGCGCCCUAGCCUGCAUAUCCAUGGUGGACACAGCGCAGCGCCAUAGGGGCAUCAAGAUGCAAAUGUUUACAUACGGCCAGCCGCGCACCGGCAAUCAGGCGUUUGCUGAGUAUGUGGAGAACCUGGGCCACCCGGUGUUUCGUGUGGUCUAUCGGCAUGAUAUUGUGCCGCGGAUGCCCCCGAUGGACCUUGGGUUCCAGCAUCAUGGCCAGGAAGUCUGGUACGAAGGGGAUGAGAAUAUCAAAUUCUGCAAAGGCGAAGGAGAGAACCUGACGUGUGAGCUGGGGGUGCCGUUUAGUGAACUUAAUGCCAAGGACCAUUCGGAGUAUCCUGGUAUGCACUGA